AUGCCAGGCCAUCAGCAGGCUCCGCAAGUUUCCGUCGCAAAUGAGGACAGCCAUGGCGAACGGCACGAGAGUGUCGAGACGCAACCACGCACCAAUGGCUUGAAGCCGAAAGCUUGCAACAAUUGCAGACAGCAAAAGCUGAGGUGCGAGUUGACCAAGCUCGACACUCCGUCAUCCAAUGCAUGUUCGCGUUGUCAAAGGCUGGAGCUUGAGUGCCGAGUAGAUGAUACGUUCAAGAGGACGAGGAAGCGGAAGGUAUCCACCGAGUUGGAAGAAGAAAUAAACAAGCUUAAGCGCCAAUUGUCUGUCUAUGAAGGCGCAGGUCUCCGGGAUGUGACUGUUCCCGCUGUCAGAGACCCUGCAGCGCGGACUCUUGCCGAGGGUGACGGUCCUCCUGCUGCUAGAGAUAGACAGGCUUCCAGAGACCUACCGGACCCUUUGACGAACCGAAUAUUCUCGACCACCGUCCCUGGUGGUAUAUCGCCAGACUCUCCCGAUGGAACGUGCCUGCCAGGAACAACCACAAUCCCCCAAAACAGUUUGCUCGAGAGUGGCUCCACUGGCAAGGGAAAGGUGGCUGCGUCGCGGACUUUACGCGAUAUUGAGCUCCCAGCGGAUGUGAUUAAUGACCUGUUCCGCAUAUAUUUCUCGCAAUACCAUGCAUAUCUACCAUUUCUUGACCCUGGGGUUUCUCCCACUCAAUACUACGAUAAUUCGACUCUUCUCUUCUGGUCCAUAAUUUCUGUUGCCUCUCGUCGGUACCUGAUAGACCCCACCCUCUUGACGAGGCUCGCUCGAGCAGUGACAGAUCUUUUGUGGAAGUCUCUGCAGAUAGUUCCACAGUCCUUGGGUGUUGUCCAGAGCUUGGUCCUUUUAUGCACCUGGCCGUUUCCGACGAGCAGCAGCACCACCGACCCGACUUACAUGCUCUCUGGGAUGAUAAUACAGCUUAGCAUCCAGAUGGGCCUCCAUCGUCCCCGGAGCCCGCUUGAUUUCACAAAGUUCCGCGUCAAGCUCAGUCCUCGCGAUAUCGAGGACCGACGAAGGACUUGGAUUGCUGGCAAUGUUGUCACGCAGAGCAUAAGCUUCGGUGUUGGACUCCCAACUCCGGCGCAGCUUUGUGACUGGUCGAUCCUCGCGUCCUCGCUCGACGGCUCGCGGAUAGAUGAAGAUUUGCACGCUCAGCUGAAAUGUGCCUUGACGUGUAAUAGGAUAUCUCAAGCACUGACCUCGAGUGUUUCCGACUCUGCUGGGCUGUUACCGACUCGGGAGCGGAUUCCUCUCUACACGAUUCUGAAGCAGGAGAUUGUCGACCUGGAGAACAGCAGGGAGUGGACUCGAGCGACUACUGCAUUCUAUCUCCACAUCGUCAAGCUUCACCUUCACGCGUUUUGCCUGCUCGACGAUCCUUCAGCUUCGGGCUAUCUAGAGCGGAUCGUAACGCUCUACUCGGCCGCGACCGCCAUGAUCGAGCACGUUCGCGACCUGGACAGCCAAUCUCGGGAUUUCUUACAAUUCUGCCCUGUAUUUUACUACGAAGUCCUCCUCUGCGCCGCCUUGGUUUUACUCAAGGUCGUAAAGAACGAUUACUUUGCUGCGAUAAUUGAUGUCGAUUCGGGCAAAAAGCUCAUCACUUUUUCAGUUUCAGCACUGAGGAAAAUGUCCGUGGCCAAUAAUGACCUCCCCGGGAGACUGAGCGAUGUACUCGCCUAUCUCUGGACGCACCCGAAUCCGUCUAUCCUGGGCGGAAGCGGGGUGGACAGACUUCAGUUGGAAGUCAGAAGUCGAAUGAGCAUGAGCGUCGUAUACGACUCAUUGUGGAGGUGGCGGGAGCAAUUUCGGACCGAAGUCGAAGGCGCCGAGUCGCAAGAUCUCAACAACGAUGCGACUGCAACUGCCGGCGUCAAUGAGGGCUUUGACAGCGCAUUCGACCUGACCGAGCUGAAUGGCAUCUACUGGGAAGAUCUCCAACUGGACUGGUUCUCGUGA